UUUUAAAAUGGUUAAAAUUUGUGGAAUUCAAAGCUGUAAAGGAAGAGGAAAUAGCAACAUCCCCAUAUUUGAACUUCCAGAGAGUUCGAUACAUCGAGGAAAAUGGAUCGACUUUUUAAAAUAUCAUGAAAUUCAAUAUAUUCAGUCAAAAAAGUAUUUUUUGUGCGUUCUUCAUUUUUGUCACUCUAUGGUAAAUAGGAAUGCAAAGAGAAUACGAUUAAAUGCGAAUGCAUUUCCAUCUCUUUCUCAAUCUUUUAAUCGAAUAUCGACCACAACAAUUCAAAUUCAACUCCACUUCGUUUUACUCCGUUUUGUUCAACUGUUUAUAGAUUACAUUUGUUCAUUCAUUUGUUUUAUAGAAUUUAAGUCAUACCUGGAAACAGAUGAAACUUCUUAA